AAAUUAAAGCAAACGGGAGCUGCAAGUUUCAGAUAACUGACGGGAAACUGAACUGGGCACAUAGUCGGAUUCAGAGAAAGGAAAUCUGACGCGUCCUCCAUCGCCUAGUGCAGCGUCUUUAAAUAUCAGCACAGAACACCUUCCAAUCCCGCAGACAGACCUCUCCCAAAUCCCUCGCCCGUCCUCGAUCGACAGCACCCUUUCCUAGCUGCAGUAGAACCCUAGCAGCAGAUCGGGCAGCCGCCGGCCGGGAUGGAGGGGCUCGACGUCGACGACGUCUUCCACCACUACCGGCUGAGCCCCACGGAUGUGGACGCCGUCACCUACUACCUACCACGCCUCCUCUCCGGCGAGACGCUGCAUGCCGUCGACAAGCUCAUCCACCGCGUCAACAUCUCGGGCUGCGAGCCCAAGGAUCUGGCCGCCCGAUACGCGCCCGUGCCGCAGGCCGUGAGCAGCGGCGACCGGUUCUUCUUCACCACUUGCAAGAGCAAGAACGGGAGCAAGCUCCAGAGCGUGCGCGCCGCCGGCGGCGGCACAUGGACCAUCCAGAAGACCACGGAGAUUUUCCACGCGGGAGUCAAGGUCGGCGAGGUCAAGAACCUCUCCUUCAAGAAGAAGGGCAAGUCCACCGGCUGGGUCAUGGAGGAAUACCGAUGCCUGCUGCCGGAGGCCACCGUCUCCGACGGGGUGAAGGUGUUCUGCAGAAUGCACUUGGCUCAGCAUGCCCCUGACGCGGCCCGCCAGGAAUCGGCUGCGUACAAUCGUCAACAAGAGCAACCAGAGGCCGUGACCCCGAGCACGCACGCGCAGAAGAGGCCAGCGCCGGCUGCCGCCGCCGAUCCUCAUCCGCCGCGCCCCAAGAAGAGGAUGCGCGGUGCCGUCCCCGUCCCGGCACCUGCCACACCGUCGUUCUUGAUGUAUGAUGAGGCAGCCAGAGCAAUGCAUGGCCCGCUGGCUCACACCAACUUCCCUGUUCAGUAUGCCCAAGCAUCAUGCGAGUCCACUACAACAUCCAGCCGCUCCGACGUUGCUCAAGCUCCUGAGAUUUCCUCCCAGUCAGAUGUGCUUGAGUCCACCCAAUCACUUGUGCUGGAGUCUGUCAAGCAUUACAGCCAACAACAGAUUGUUCCUGAGGCUGGCUCAAGCAUUGCAAGGAGCUCAUCUGAAGAGGGUGUCUUUGAGCCAUUGGAGCCUAUUUCCAAUUUGCCGGAUGGGAAGGCAGAUGGUUUUGAUAUCGAAGAACUAAUGAGAAUGAUGGAAGACGACCCAAUUGAAGUUGAGCCGGCCACUGGAGCCAACACUGGCGUGGAGAUGGGCCAACAGGAACCUCUGUACCUGGAUGCCUUGGACCAAGGUGUGCUGGAGGACAUGCUGCAGUCCGAUUACCCUGCCUUCCAUGAUGCUGACAAGGAGAAGAGGUACGAUGCCGUGCCGGAUCUUGACGCUCCAUCGCUUCAGGGACAGGACCACUUGUUGAAACCGCGGCCGUGCUCCUUCGAUCCAUUUGAAGCAGCGUGGAAGGCCGAAGAGGCGCUGGAGAAGGAGAAGAGGUGCAAUGCCGCGGCCAAUCUUCACGCUGGAGGGCACAGCAACUUCUUCUCGCCUGCAAGUGUCUACUAAGUCCGAUGUUGAAAUUGUUUUCAAAGUGUAUACGAGGAUACUCACUGGCUGAUGUAAUAGUUCGUCCAUGUACGAUCGCCACGGAUGUACCUCUGAGCAAUUUGCUCCACUUGUUCAUGCAAGCUAGUAAAACUGUUGUUAUUCUUCUUGCUCCUGUGAUGGAUUUCUGAACCUUGCAUUCGCUCCUGCACUAGUACUUCUUCUGCUCUGUUUCCUGUGAUGGACCAUGUUAAAACUGCUCUAUCUUUUUGUAUUAGUUUCAGAUAAGCAAGCAUGAUGCAGUUAUGAUCUGGGCAACCGCAGAUAAGUAGUAGGACUAACUAUGUUUGUAAAUCAAAACUGUUUCGCUGCUCUUGAUAAUCUGCAGAACAACUACAAGUUCAUAAGUUGCAGAGCAGAUUCAAGUUGUGACAAAAAAAAGUUUGUUCUGUCUAUUUACAGUGUGGAGUGAACAGUUAUUACAGUGUCAAUGUUCAUGAUUUACAGUGUGGAAUAGUCAUAUUUUUCCUUGAAAUUUAAGUGCAAUUUGGCUGUCUUGUUUCUAACUGAAUUUACAGUAUCUAAGUGGUCCCCAAAUUCUGCAGUAUUUAUGUUCAUGACUUACUGAACUAUGUUGUCUUUUUUAAUAAUGCCUUCAUCUAAAUAGUUGUAUUUUAGCUCCAUAGUGUGUAAUUUGUUCCUUGGUUUUCUGUCAUCUCUGAAU